AUGAGGCGCGCGCCGGCGGCAGAGCGCCUCUCCGAGCUGGGCUUUCCCCCGCAGCGCGGGCGCCAGGAGCCGCCUUUUCCGCUGGGUGUCACUCGGGGGUGGGGGGUAUGGCCCAUUCAAAAGCGCCGCGAGGGGGCCCGGCCAGUGCCCUUCAGUGAGCGCUCGCAAGAGGACGGCAGAGGCCCGGCGGCUCGCAGCUCCGGGACCUUGUGGCGCAUCAGGACGCGGCUGCCCUGCUGCCCGGACCCCGAGCCGCCGCCGCCGCCGCCGCCGCUCUGCUUUCUGCGCGUUAGCCUCCUCUGCGCGCUCCGGCCCGGAGGCCGCGGGAGCCGUUGGGGAGAGGACGGCGCGCGGCUGCUGCUGCUGCCCCCGACCCGGGCGGCUGGAAGUGGAGAGGCCGAGCCGAGCGGCGGCGCCCCCUAUGCCGGGAGGAUGUUGGAGAGCAGCGGCUGCAAGGCGCUGAAGGAGGGGGUGUUGGAGAAGCGCAGCGACGGGCUGCUGCAGCUCUGGAAGAAAAAGUGCUGCAUCCUCACCGAGGAGGGGCUGCUGCUCAUCCCGCCCAAACAGCUGCAACACCACCAGCAGCAGCAGCAACAGCCCGGGCAGGGCUCGGUCGAGCCGUCCCAACCCGGAGGCCCCGCCGUGGCCGGCCUCGAGCCGCCGGUCAAGCUCAAGGAAUUGCACUUUUCCAACAUGAAGACCGUGGACUGCGUGGAGCGCAAGGGCAAGUACAUGUACUUCACGGUGGUGAUGGCUGAGGGCAAGGAGAUCGACUUUCGGUGCCCGCAGGACCAGGGCUGGAACGCCGAGAUCACGUUGCAGAUGGUGCAGUACAAGAAUCGCCAGGCCAUCCUGGCGGUCAAGUCCACGCGGCAGAAGCAGCAGCACUUGGUCCAGCAACAGCCUCCGCAGCCGCAGCCGCUUCAGCCCCAAAGCCAAGCCCAGCCGCAGCCUCCGUCCCAAGCCCAGCCGCAGCCCCAGCCCAAGCCGCAGCCGCAGCCGCUUCAUCCAUACCCGCAUUCGCAUCCGCACCCGCACCCGCACGCGCACCCACUGCCGCACCCGCACCCACCGCCGCUCUCGCAGGCGCACGGCCACCGGCUCCUCCGCAGCACCUCCAACUCGGCCUGAAGAGGGCAGCACCCGGCCCGGACGCGGUAAGGUUUUGGGGACUUGAGGAAGCGGGACGAGCACCUUUCUAUUGUCUUCACUGGAUCGAGAACAAGUCUCCCCGCCGCGCACCAAAUCAAGUAGUUUGAACAGAACCCGACUGAUAACUCGUGAUUCCACUUAUUUUCUGCAUACUCUUCUUCACAAUGCAGGAAAGAUUUUGAGUCCAGAAGGCUUUAUUUAUGAACCUUUGAGAGGAUCUUCCAGUAUGGUGGACCUUCUAGGAGGGAUGAUGUACUGUAAUUUUAUUUUAAUGUAUUUUGACUCAUUAUUUAUUAGUUUGUUUUUUUUUUUAAUGCUUGUUCUGAGACAUUUCUGAAUGUAGGCCAUUUUCCAGAAAAGAAACUUUAUUUUCGAAAACUUGUCCUUAGUAAGUUGUAGUCUUGGGAAAGAAGAAAGAAAAAAGGCGGUACAGAGGAACACAAGAAUUUAUUCAUUAUUCCUAGGGCAUUUUCAGAAGGUCUGACACUUCAUUGUUAUACCAGGUGGUUGAAAUUAAACUCUGUGAUAUUA